CGUCCUUACGAAACCAGUGUGGACACAAAGCAGAGCAAAGAAGACUUUUGUGAGAAAAAAAACAGAACUCAAGAGAUGUCGUCAACCUUGAGCAACGAAGAGUCAGGACUCGGUGAUUCAAAUCGUUCGACGGAAGUAGAUGGUGGCGACGGAGGAAACUUCACGGCUUACGAGUCUCGAUUCCAGUCGCAGCGGUUUGACUCGUCCUUCUCGAAUUUUGACUCCCAACCGGAGAAAGAGUCAGACUUACUAGGCGACGAUUCGUCUCCUCCAUCUAACCAGAAGGAAGUACCGGAAACUCAAUCUCCGCCAUUGAUAAACAGUUCCGAUGCUACGAACGGUUCGAUCUUGCCUCCUCCAUCGGCCAUGGAGAAAGAGGAAGGUUUUGCUCUUAGAGAGUGGCGAAGGCUAAAUGCUCUGAGACUGGAAGAGAAAGAAAAGGAAGAGAAAGAAAUGGUUCAGCAAAUUUUGGAAACAGCAGAGCAAUACAAGGCUGAGUUCUAUAGCAAGCGUAACGUUACUAUUGAAAACAACAAGAAAUUAAACCGCGAGAAAGAGAAGUUGUUUUUGGAGAAUCAAGAAAAGUUUUACGCUGAAGCUGACAAAAACAAUUGGAAGGCGAUUGCGGAACUCAUUCCUCGUGAAGUACCGGUUAUAGAGAAUAGAGGGAAUAAGAAGAAAACAACAACCAUAACUGUGAUCCAGGGACCAAAGCCAGGGAAGCCCACUGAUCUGUCUCGUAUGCGUCAAGUGCUCACGAAGCUCAAGCACAAUCCGCCAACUCAUAUGAAGCCAAAAUUGCCCUCACCAUCUGGAGCUGACCCGAAUGUGAGUGAAAAGGUCACAGAUACAGAGAAGUUGUAGUUUUUGUUUGUGACAAUUUUACUUCUUCUUUAUUUGUUGAAAACCGUCUUUACUUUGUUAGCUUCCCUUAUGUUCAGUCUCGAAUUUUGUUUGUUUUGGUUUCGUAUUUGGUCUUACCAUUGUUGGUUUCCCACACAGUUUUCAACUUUGAUGUAUAUAUUCAAUAAAACAUGCUAGAAGAA